AUGGUGAAUCUCAAAGGUCCUCGCCGACCUAAUAUAACUUAUAGGCCCAUACGCCCGUCGGACUACAUAGUUCUUGAGAAAAUUCAUGGAGAUUUGUUCCCCAUAAGGUAUGAAUCUGAUUUUUUCCACAAUGUUGUCAAUGGUCGUGAUAUUAUCUCGUGGGGAGCUGUCGAUCACAGUCGACCGAAUGAUCAAAGUGACGAACUAAUUGGAUUUGUUACUGCAAGAAUUGUUCCAGCAAGAGAAAGUGAGAUCGAAGAUUUACUCAGCUUUGAUUCAUCGAAAACAGACCAAACAUUAGUAUACAUCUUAACACUGGGAGUUGUAGAUUCUUACAGAAAUCUUGGGAUAGCCAGUUCACUAAUCCAAGAGGUUAUAAAGUACUCGUCGAGCAUUUCAACAUGUCGUGCUGUUUAUCUACAUGUGAUAUCGUACAAUAAUCCAGCCAUACAUUUGUACAAGAAAAUGUCAUUUCAGUGCUUACGAAGGCUCUACAAUUUUUACAUCAUCAACGGACAACAUUACGAUUCGUACCUCUUUGUCUACUAUGUGAAUGGCGGCCGAUCCCCUUGUUCACUUCUAGAACUCGUCACGCUAUUGGUUACUUAUGCUAAGGGUGGGAUUAAAUCAGUGGCUGCAAAGCUAUGGAAAAAUGACGAGAGGAGAAUUUCCAGGUGGUCCAAAUGUAAGGAAUCUGGUUAUCUUCUUCCUACAGUCCAAAACAAAAGAACUGUCACAGUUGAAAGCUCCCGGUGCCAGUUUGUAUAA